AUGAAGCGCGAGCACUCCCACCGUCCUCCACCGCCAGACCCUUUCACCGGCGCCUCCUCUGGCCAAAAGAGUAAGAUGUGGGAGGAAGCUGAACCGGACGCCGGCGUGGACGAGCUCCUCGCUGUACUGGGCUACAAGGUGAAGGCCUCUGACAUGGUCGAGGUCGCCCAGAAGAUCGAGCAGCUCGAGCAAGUGAUGGGCCAUGGCCAGGAGGACGAAUUAAUGUCUCACCUCGCUUCCGACUCCGUUCACUACAACCCUUCCGAUCUAUCUUCCUGGCUCGAGUCCAUGAUCUCCGAGCUCAACCCGCCGCCACUGCCGCCGCCUCCGCCGAUGGAGGACCCGUUCCUUGCCCCGGCCGAAUCCUCUACAAUAACGUUCCAAGAUUCACCUUCCGAUUACGAUCUGAAGGCGAUCCCGGGAAACGCUGUCGUUUACCCCCAAAUUCAGCCGCCGCCGAACAAGCGGUUCAAGCCCGCCUCGUCAUCGUCGUCAUCGAUUACCUCUGCCAUGCCUGUCUGGGGCUCCAAUACGGUCGAGUCGUCUCGACCGGUGGUCCUUGUUGACUCGCAGGAGAACGGGAUAAGACUAGUCCACGCCCUUAUGGCCUGUGCGGAGGCCGUCCAGCAAGACAAUCUCAAGCUCGCCGAGGCCCUGGUCAAGCAGAUCGGGUUCCUCGCCGUCUCGCAAGCCGGCGUCAUGAGAAAAGUCGCCACCUACUUCGCCGAGGCUCUUGCCAGACGAAUCUACCGGCUAUACCCCGAGAAUCCGCAAGAUUCUGCCUUCGCUGACCUUCUCCAGAUGCAUUUUUACGAGACCUGCCCUUACCUCAAGUUCGCUCAUUUCACAGCUAAUCAAGCCAUCCUUGAAGCUUUCGCGAAUAAAGAUAAGGUUCAUGUGAUAGACUUUAGUAUGAAACAGGGAUUGCAGUGGCCGGCUCUGAUGCAGGCCUUGGCUCUUCGACCCGGCGGUCCGCCCACUUUCCGUUUGACUGGGAUCGGACCUCCCUCGCAUGACAAUACCGACCAUUUGCAGGAAGUUGGUUGGAAGCUAGCUCAAUUGGCUGAAACUAUUCACGUUAAGUUUGAAUACAGAGGGUUUGUAGCCAAUAGUUUGGCGGAUCUAGAGGCCUCGAUGCUUGAGCUUCGAGAUGGUGAAGCCGUGGCGGUUAAUUCGGUUUUUGAAUUGCAUCAAUUGCUGGCUCGACCGGGUGCGAUCGAGAAGGUUUUAUCGGCGGUGAAGGAGAUGAAGCCGGAUAUACUGACAGUCGUCGAGCAAGAAGCGAACCACAACGGGCCGGGUUUCCUUGACCGGUUCACCGAAUCCUUGCAUUACUACUCCACGCUUUUCGACUCGUUGGAGGAUCUGCAACGUGGUCGCGUGCGAGGGGCCGGACCGGGUGGAGAGGCACGAGACGCUAGCUCAGUGGCGAGCCCGGUUCGAGUCGGCCGGGUUCGAGCCGGCUCACCUGGGUUCGAACGCGUACAAGCAGGCGAGCAUGUUGCUGGCGCUGUUCAACGGCGGGGAUGGGUAUCGGGUGGAAGAGAACAGCGGGUGUCUGAUGCUGGGUUGGCACACUCGGCCACUCAUCGCCACCUCGGCCUGGAAACUCAGCUAGGACCGAGCCGACUCGGAAGGAGACCCCACAUACUCCGAGUCACGUCAACUCAAGUGUAG